AGACAGCACCGGCCGUCCGCCCCGCGGCCCCGGGCCCCGGCUCCCGCGCCGUCCCUCCCCGCGGGCCGGGCGCCGCGGCCCCGGUAUGAGGAGCGGGCGAUGAUCCCCGCCAACGCCUCCGCCAGGAAGGGGCCCGAGGGCAAGUACCCACUGCACUACCUCGUGUGGCACAACCGCCACCGGGAGCUGGAGAAGGAGGUCCGCGCCGGCCAGGUGGACAUUGAACAGCUGGAUCCCCGUGGCCGGACUCCUCUGCACCUGGCCACCACACUGGGGCACCUGGAAUGUGCCCGGGUGCUCUUGGCACAUGGCGCAGAUGUGGGCAGGGAGAAUCGCAGUGGUUGGACAGUGCUGCAGGAGGCUGUGAGCACCAGGGACCUUGAGCUGGUGCAGCUGGUGCUGCGGUAUCGGGACUACCAGCGGGUGGUGAAGCGGCUGGCGGGCAUCCCCAUGCUCUUGGAGAAGCUCCGAAAGGCCCAGGACUUCUAUGUGGAGAUGAAAUGGGAGUUCACAAGUUGGGUGCCUCUGGUAUCCAAGAUUUGCCCUAGUGACACCUACAAAGUGUGGAAGAGCGGGCAGAACCUGAGGGUAGACACCACGCUUCUGGGCUUUGACCAUAUGACCUGGCAGAGAGGGAACCGCAGCUUCGUCUUCCGGGGUCAAGGUCAGUCAGGCAGUAAGUUGGGCAGGGUGGGAGACAGCGCACAGCCCCAGACCACCCUGACCCCUGUGCUUUCCCUGGUGGCAGACACGAGUGCCGUGGUCAUGGAGAUCGACCAUGACCGCCGUGUGGUAUACAUGGAGACUCUGGCGCUGGCCGGGCAGGAUCGGGAGCUACUGCUGGCUGCCUCCCAGCCCUCGGAGGAGCAGGUGCUGAGCAGGCUCACCGCGCCUGUUGUCACCACACAGCUUGACACCAAGAACAUCUCCUUUGAGAGGAAUAAGACUGGCAUCCUGGGAUGGCGCAGCGAGAAGACAGAGAUGGUGAACGGGUACGAGGCCAAGGUAUACGGGGCCUCCAAUGUGGAGCUCAUCACCCGGACACGAACGGAGCAUCUGUCCGAACAACACAAAGGCAAGGUCAAAGGCUGUAAGACACCUCUGCAGUCUUUCCUGGGAAUUGCCGAGCAGCACGGGGGACCCCAAAAUGGGACCCUGAUCACUCAGACUCUGAGCCAAGCCAAUCCCCCUGCCAUCACUGCAGAGGAAUACUUCAACCCCAACUUUGAGCUUGGGAACCGGGACAUGGGCCGUCCCAUGGAGCUGACCACCAAGACACAGAAGUUCAAGGCCAAGCUGUGGCUGUGUGAGGAGCAUCCCCUGUCCCUGUGUGAGCAGGUGGCCCCCAUCAUUGACCUCAUGGCUGUCAGCAAUGCACUUUUUGCCAAGCUCCGGGACUUCAUCACGUUGCGCCUGCCUCCUGGCUUCCCUGUCAAGAUUGAAAUCCCGAUUUUUCACAUCCUCAACGCCCGCAUCACCUUCGGGAACCUCAAUGGCUGCGAUGAGCCAGUGCCCUCCGUGCGAGGUAGCCCCAGCAGCGAGACGCCCUCCCCUGGCAGUGACUCUUCGAGCGUCAGCAGCUCCAGCUCUACCACCUCCUGCCGCGCCUGUGAGAUCUCCCCUGCACUGUUUGAGGCCCCACGUGGCUACAGCGUGCUGGGCGGCCAGCGAGAGGCUGCGACUCGUGAUGAGGACGAUGACCUGCUGCAGUUUGCCAUCCAGCAGAGCCUGCUAGAGGCGGGCAGUGAGUAUGACCAGGUCACUAUCUGGGAGGCGCUAACCAACAGCAAGCCAGGCACCCACCCCAUGUCCUAUGAAGGCCGCCGACAGGACAGGUGUCCCAGGUGUGCCGGGAGCGGGGAGCGCUCGACAAAUCCUCCCCGCCCCCAGGAGCGCCCCACCCACGCCGCAGCGCCAGCCCAUGCCCCCGGCUCCGGUGCCCAGCCCUCGGCCCAGCCCAGGUCCCGGCUCCCGCAGCCACAUGUUCCGGAGCUACGACGAGCAGCUGCGGCUGGCUAUGGAGCUGUCAGCUCAGGAGCAGGAGGAGAGGCGGCUGCGAGCGCGCCAGGAGGAGGAAGAGUUGGAGCGGAUCCUGCGGCUCUCGUUGACCGAACAGUAGUGCCUCCUGCUGGGACCCUCCCCUACUCUACGCAGGACCCGGGUCUGCGCACCUGCCGAGCGGCUGCUGGGGUCUGGAGCCAUCGCAUUGGGGGUGUAGCAGCGCAUCAGGCUUGAGAUGCCAGGGGUUUGAUACAGGAGCGGAGUAACUUUCCAGGCCAGAGCCCUAGAGGCAUGGCUGGUCUCCCUGCUUUGUUGUACUGUGAUCCCUAAUCCGCUUCUCUGGGCUCAGAUCUGUCCAAGGGCGGAGGCAGGUGGUAUCGAAAAGGAAACGAAUCCUUGAGAGGAGCAUUGUCCCCGUCCCUUGCUCCUUAUGGCUGGUCCUCCUUCUUGCUCACUGACCCCUCUCCAGGACACUGUCCCUGAAGCCUUCGCAUCUCAGCUCUUCAUCCCUGGGAGGCAGCUGCUCGCCCAGCGUGCUGUGUCGCUGCUUUGUCCCAGACAAACCAGCACGUCAAGGGCCCAGCCCCUCCCCACCCCGGCAUUUCAGCGUCAAGUGCACUUAGCGGGGUGCCCAGCUCCCCCAGUUCCCACACCUGUCCUGUGUCUCAGGGUGGUCCUCGCUUCUCCUUAGGCAGCCAGGAAUUGGAAUCCCAUGCCCGCAGCACGUUUUUCUUGUGAUCAGGGAGUGUGUCUAAGGUGGCCCUAGUUUGGGCAAGGCCUGGUUCCCUCAUGGUGCCUUGGGGAAUGGGGGCAGCAUAUUGGCUUGGGGGCAAGCACUAGACUCGACACAAAAGCGUUGGUGAGGGCCCUGGCACCACUAUCACCACCCACCCCUUCCUACCAGCUGCUGCUAGCCCUCUGUGGUUGUGCACCCCUCCUGCCCCCAUUCAGGGGUUGACUAACACCCUUUAUCCAAUGGUGCUAACCCCGGCUCUCCCUGUUCUACCCUACCCACCUAAAGAAGCACAGGCCCCAUGGAGCAGGGCCCACACCCUUAUCCUGGGCUGCCUUCUGGCUGGCUUCUCUCUGCCAGGGGCUCAGAAGGGGCACAAACGUGGGUCAAGAAAAGAGCAACAACGCGAAAUUGUUCUUCCUCUUCCCUUCCCUGAUGCCAGGGGCACCAGACUGAUUCUGAGGCACAAAUAAAAGAGGUUUCAAACCAGA